CGGAGGAGGAGUUUUAAGACUCUGUGGCUGUUCCUGGGAAAAGAACAGUUCUGGUUUACACACACAGGCAGCAUCUCACCUCAAAACGUAGUUCAACAUGGUCAGCCGUCUUGAACACCCAGCCGGUGGCUAUAAAAAAAUCUUUGAGUCAUGUGAAGAGUUAGCUGAACCCAUUCCUGCUCAUGUCUCAGGCAAAAUCCCUGCCUGGCUCACUGGCAGUCUGCUCCGGAUGGGCCCUGGGAUGUUUGAGAUCGGAGAUGAACCUUUUUACCACCUUUUUGAUGGCCAAGCUCUCAUGCACAAGUUUGACCUGAAGGAUGGACAUGUCACUUAUUACCGCAGGUUUAUUAGAACUGAUGCUUAUGUGAGAGCCAUGACAGAGAAAAGGAUUGUGAUCACAGAGUUAGGCACCACUGCGUAUCCAGAUCCGUGCAAAAACAUCUUUUCCAGGUUUUUUACUUACUUUCAAGGCAUUGAGGUGACAGACAAUUGCCUUGUCAACAUCUACCCCAUUGGUGAGGAUUUCUAUGCCUGCACGGAAACCAACUACAUAACCAAAGUUGAUCCUGAUACCCUAGAAACGAUAAAAAAGGUGGACCUUUGUAAUUAUCUCUCGGUCAAUGGUGUGACUGCACAUCCACAUACUGAAGCAGACGGUACAGUAUAUAACAUUGGAAACUGCUUUGGGAAGAACAUGUCACUGGCCUACAACAUUGUCAAGAUCCCUCCACCACAAGAAGAUAAAUCCGAUCCAAUUGAGAAGUCAAAGGUUUUGGUGCAGUUUCCAAGCAAUGAGAGAUUCAAACCAUCCUACGUCCAUAGCUUUGGCAUGACAGAGAACUACUUUGUGUUUGUUGAGACUCCGGUGAAGAUCAAUCUGCUGAAAUUUCUGACUUCCUGGAGUAUCAGAGGGACAAAUUAUAUGGACUGCUUUGAGACCAGUGACAAAAUGGGUACUUGGUUUCAUCUGGCAACCAAGAAUCCUGGAGAAUACAUUGACCACAAAUUCAGAACAUCUGUCUUUAAUCUUUUCCAUCACAUUAACUGUUAUGAGGACCAAGGCUUUAUUGUUGUUGACCUUUGUACUUGGAAGGGGCAUGAUUUUGUAUAUAAUUAUCUAUAUUUGGCAAACCUGAGGCAAAACUGGGAGGAAGUUAAAAAAGCAGCCAUGAGAGCUCCACAGCCAGAGGUUCGGCGAUACGUGCUUCCACUGGACAUCCACAGGGAAGAGCAGGGGAAGAAUUUGGUUUCCCUUCCAUACACCACAGCCACAGCUUGCAUGUGCAGUGAUGGAACUGUUUGGCUGGAACCUGAGGUUCUUUUCUCUGGACCGCGUCAAGCUUUUGAGUUUCCUCAGAUCAACUACAAAAAAUACUGUGGAAAAAAUUACACCUUCGCUUAUGGACUUGGGUUAAACCACUUCAUUCCAGACCGGAUUUGCAAGUUGAAUGUGAAAAGCAAAGAAACAUGGAUAUGGCAGGAGCCAGAUGCCUAUCCAUCUGAACCACUGUUUGUGGAAAGCCCUGAUGCUAAAGAUGAAGACGACGGUGUUCUUCUGAGUAUUGUAGUGAAACCAGGAGUCACCCAGAGGCCAGCGUUCCUCCUCAUACUUAAUGCCACUGACCUGACAGAAAUUGCACGUGCAGAGGUUGAUGUCAUCAUUCCUGUCACUCUCCAUGGCAUGUACAAACCCUAGAGGAUGAGAACCACUACUUUGCCUUUCAGACUAUACUUCAAAAUUGGUAAUUUUUUUAGUGUACAUGUAAAUGUUUUUCUAUGUUAUUGCUGCUAUUUAAAGGUAAAGUUACCCAAAAAUGAAAAUUCUGUCAUUAAUUGCUCACCCUCACGUGGUUCCAAGCCCGUAAGACCUUCGUUGUUCUUCAGAACACAAAUUAAGAUAUUUUUGAUGAAAUCCGAGAGCUCUCUGACCCUCCAUAGACAGCAACACAACUACCACGUUCAAGGCACAUAAAGGUAGUAAGGACAUCAUGAAAAUAGUCCAUGUGACAUCAGUGCUUAAACCAUAAUUUUUAUGAAGCUAUGAGAAUAGUUUUUGUGUGCAAAGAAAACAAAAAUAAUGAUUUUAAUCAACAAUAAUUCUCCUCUGCAUCACCCUAGUGCCAUAGUAUCAUAACGCAAAAUAUAUCUUAAUUUGUGUUCCCGAAGAUGAAUGAAGGUCUUAUGGGUUUAGAACAACACGAGGGUGAGUAAUUAAUGACAGAAUUUUUGGGUGAACUAACCCUUUAAAGGAUAAUUUACUCACCCCCUCGUCAUCCAUGUUCAUGUUUUUCUUUCUUCAAUCAUGUUUUUUGAGGAAAACAUUUCAGUUUUCUCUUCAUGUAGUGGAUUUCUAUGGUGCCCCCAAUUUUGAACUUCUAAAAAGCAGUUUAAAUGCAGCUUCAAAUGGCUCUAAACAAUCCCAGCCGGUGGGAAAACAAUUGGUUUUCUAAAAAAAAAAUUGACAAUUUCUAUACUUUUUAACCUUAAAUGCUCGUCUUGUCUAGCUCUGCGUGAACUCUGUGUAUUCCGGUUCAAGACAGUUAGGGUAUGUCGAAAAACUCCCUAAAUUUGAAUUUUGACUUUUUUUUUUUUUUUUUUU